AGGAUAAAGUGCACCAUUUAUCCAGAAACUCCAUUAAAGGUUUAGUCAUCUGUCAGAGUUUCUCAUUUGCAAUGCAAUGAGAUUUAGUAAUGCACAGGGAUCUGGUGUCAUUGGAUUGAGCAUCUUAAAAGCUUGCCCUGGACGCUGGAGACAUGAGGGAUUGGACUGACGUUGCAUGUGAUCAGGGAUGCACAAAUAGUUAUGUUACAGUGAUGCAACUAAUUGUUAGUUAAGUAAGUACGUAAUUGAGUCAGUUAGUAAGAGGUAGCAGGAGAGAGGGCGUGGUGUGUUUGGGACCUUAUCUACUCCCUGCAGCACUGUUUGUGUGUGUGUGUGUGUGUGUAAGAGAGAGAGAGAGAGAGAGAUGAGUAUGUUUCAUUUGGGAGUGGCCAGCUGUUUUCUGAAGAUCCUUACGUUCUCAGCACCCCCGGUUGUAACGCACCCACUGCAAAAAAGAAGAUGAGCAAGUCCCCGACCCCCAAAGGCACCCCGGUGCAGCGCAGCCCCAGCGAUGGGGUCCCUGAGGGCCUCCAGUCUCCUCAGCAUUCCACGCCAGGCUCCGGACCCCAGCAGAAGAAACGCAUCUCCAGCCUCAUUCAGAGUCCGUCAUUCAGGGAGGAGCUGGAUGUGCUGAUCCAGGAACAGAUGAAGAAGGGUGGCAGCUCAUCCAACCUAUGGGCACUGAGACAGCUGGCUGAUUUCAUGGCCUCACACGGCUCUCCAGCCGCACUGUCUGUCUCCCCUUCCAACAUGAUGAUGGUGACGCCCAUCAAUGACCUGCACGGCUGGGAGCCUGGCAGCAUGGUGAAGGGGGAGAGGCUGAUGCGCUGCAAGCUGGCCAGUGUCCAUCGCCUGUUUGACCUCUUCGGCUGGGCCCAGAUCAGCCGCACCUGUCUUACUCUGCGUGUUAGUAAAGAACAGGAACACUUCUUGGUGCUUCCAGAUGGCCUGGCCUACAGUGAGGCGACUGGAUCCAGUCUGGUGAAGGUGAACAUCCUGGGUGAGGUGGUGGAGAAGGGAAGCACUAACCUGGGUGUGGACACAGAGAAGUUCAGCCUGCACUCGGCCAUCUACUCGGCCCGGCCAGAUGUUCGCUGCCUGCUUCACCUCCACACGCCGGCCACGGCUGCGGUUUCAGCUAUGAAGUGUGGCCUCCUGCCACUCUCCCACGAGGCUCUGCUUGUCGGUGAUGUGGCUUAUUACGACUACAAUGGAGUCAUGGAGGAGGAGGAGGACAGAGUGGAGCUGCAGAAGAGCCUGGGGCCGACCUGUAAGGUUCUGGUGCUGAGGAAUCACGGCAUUGUGGCUCUUGGGGAGUCUGUGGAGGAGGCCUUCUACACCAUCUAUCACAUCCAGGCUGCCUGCCAGAUCCAGGUGUCGGCUUUGUGCUGUGCCGGUGGUGAACACAACCUGAUUCUGCUUGACCGGUCCACCCAUAAACCCAACCCAACCGGCACCGUGGGCUGGGCAGGCUCCACCUUUGGACCCCUGCACAAGAGCCGCAUCGGGGAGCAUGAGUUCGAAGCCCUCAUGAGAACUCUGGAUAACUUGGGCUACCGUACAGGCUAUGCCUACCGUUUCCCUGUGCUGCUGGAGCGAUCGCGGAAUCGGAGGGAGGUGGAGGUGCCCGCAACCGCUACAGUUUUCCACCAGUUUGAUGACGACGGAGUCCACCCGGCUCUGAGGCAGCACCCUUUUGCCCAGCGCCAGCAGCAGGAGAGGACUCGAUGGCUCAACACCCCCAACACCUACCAAAAAGUCAGCCAGGAGCAAGCCAGCCCAGGACACCGCUCCACUUGGUUGAAGGCAGAAGAGGUGACACAGGCUGGCAGCACAUCCAUCAAGAUGGAGAACCCAAACCAGUUUGUGCCUCUUUUCACCAACCCUCAAGAGGUGAUUGAGACACGAAACAAGAUUCGACAGCAGAAUCGGCAGGACAUGAAGACAGCAGGACCACAGUCUCAAGUCCUCGCCAGUGUUAUAACAGUUGACAGUCCUCCGUCUCCAGUGAGCCCACCUAAAGCCCCACCAGAGCCAGAGCCUCCCAACCCCUUCAACGAGCUGACAGACCAGGAGCUGGAGGAGUACCGCAAGGAGGUGCAGAGGAAACAAGAUGGAGGGACCAAUGGGGAGGAGGUGGCAAGUGACAAGGAAUCUCCCCCUGCUACCUCCCCCACAAAGGGCCCUCCGCCCAGCCAACCUCCUCUCUCAGAAGAGGCAAAGACCGACUCUCCAGCCAUACAGAACGGAGGCGAGGAGGAGAAGCAGACGACAGAGGAACUGGAGAAAGGGAUGAAGGCUCUCUCCACCAACGACACGUCCUCCACGCCUGCUGCUCCGCCUGCCAAACCACAAGGCGGCACCCCGGAGGGCUCGCCCUCCAAGUCCCCGUCCAAGAAGAAAAAGAAGUUCAAGCCGCCAUCGUUCCUGAAAAAGAGCAAGAAGCAGAAGGAAAAGGCGGAGACCUGAGGCGCUCACACACACGAGACCUCGGUGAAAUACUACUGUGAAACAUUUAAGUGUAUGACGGAGUAGCAGAUGAGUUAACCACAUCAGAUCUAUUCAAACGCUGUCAGUUAAGAUGUCACUCACAGACAUGGUGUACUAAAUCAACCUUGAAUACUUCACUGUAACACUGGUACUCAGAUUUGAUCUAUGUGGUGAUUCAUCUUAAGCAGGUUAAAAAACACUGAUAAUUAUUUUCACAUACUAUUUGACCCAGGUCAUUUUGACGCACUACUUCUUGUCUCACACACACACACACACACACACACACACACACACACAGUCCCUGUAUUACUCAUGUCUUAUUUUCACCUGCUGUGCUAUCGAACCAUUACUUAUCGUCACUGUAUAGGCAGUCAAACAUGUUUCUUUCUAAAACUGGGAUGUUUCAUACCAUUUUAUUAAUCUUUGCAGGGCACGGUGGAAAUUUAAGUUACCAUGAAUUAUGCACCCCUUAUCCAUUUAUAGGCACUUACCACAUGUAUAUUGAAAUUCUAGUAUGUUGCAUUUGUUCAUCACCAUAGGCAUCUUGUACUCAUGAUUUGGUUCUAAUCAUCAGAUAGAUGUUGCAGGUAUACUAUGUGAGCACAGGUGCAGUACAUGUAGACAUAUACUGAUAGCUAUUGAUUGUGCUCUUAUGAAUGCUGGUUUUGUGUAAAAUUAUCAGCCUAUUGACAUUAUAACAGCAGGGAUGAGCAAGGAAAAAGAAAGCGGGGAAAAUUAUACUGGCUCGCUACAAAACAGAAGCCGCUAUAAAUGCCACUAUUACCCAAAAAAAGGAUAAAGCAUAAAGAACUUGUUGCUUGCCGAUGCAGUUUGAAGCCCAGUAAAAGAACAUACUGAAGGGUACUAAACAUUCCACUUUUCUCAAUUUCUUUUAAAUGUAUGUGCGCAAAAUACCUCUUAACAGUUGUAAUUAUUUUCUGUUUUAACCAGUAGCUGUUAUCGAAAUGCUGAUGUGUGAUGUUUGCUCAUGGUUUUAAUUUAUUUUAUAUUAGGAUGUAUAAGUGAGUAUUGCAAGGUUACCAUGUAUCAGUCAUUAAAGAUCAAGUUUGAUU